UUAUUAAAUGGAGCAUUCAGCCAUUUCAAUGGCUGCAAUGAGUACAACAACAGCAACAAAUAAUUUAAUUUUAGAAAGUGGAAUAUGUUCUGUUUGUGGAGAUAAAUCUGCUGGAAGGCAUUAUGGAGUAAUGGCUUGUUAUGGAUGUAAAGGCUUUUUUAGAAGGACUAUUCGAUCCAAACAAAGCUACAAUUGCCGGUUUCAGAAACGUUGCAGUAUAGAUAAAGAUCAACGUAAUGCUUGUCGUUUUUGUCGUUUUCAACGUUGUUUACAAGUUGGAAUGGAAGUAACGGCAAUUAGACCAGAUAGAGAUGUUAUUGGAAAACAGAAAAAUCCUCGAAAAAAGAAAUUACUUUUAUUACAACAAAACAAACCAGAAAAUUUAAAAACAAAAAAUAAAAAUAAAAGAGGAGAUAAUAAUAAUAAUUUUUGUUGUAUUCCUUCACCUGGAGCUGAAUCUAAUAGUUCUCAACAAGAAGAUUUACUUCUCGGGGUUUUUAUGGAUAUACAUUCCAAGGCUGGCGAGGGAAGUUUAUUUCCUUCAACAACAACAAAUAAUGAAAGAUUUUUCAAUAAUUCUCUAUUAUUAUCCCCAUCAAAUAACAACAACAAUAAUUCCUCUCCUCCUUUUGUAGAAUUAGCUAUUGGAAUUUCUGUUCCAAAUACUUCAGCAAUACAAUUACGGAGAAAUAUUAAACCUGAUCCAGAAGUUUCUUUAUUUAUGUUAUUACAAAAUCCACAAACUUUGGCUGAAUAUUCUCUCGAAGAACCGAUUUCUCCAAUAGAGCCUGGCCGUUUAGCUUGUGGACAAAUAUUUUCAGCAGCAAUGCGAAAAUAUGUUUUAAUGUGUGUUGAUUGGGUAAAUGCUAUAUUCCUUAUGGCGAAUUUAGAUAGUCCAAAAGAAAAGUUGGACCUUUUAAAAAAUUCUUUUGCCGCUUUUUGUACAUUUGAACAAGCGGCAACAACAGCUUCAUUAAAUAAUUCAACACAAAAUUCUCCUCUAAAUCAGUUAUUUUUAUGUAAUGGAUCUGUAUUGCCAAGAGAAUUUUCUUCUUCCUCAUCAACAUCUACUCAACAACAACAACAACAACAAUGGAUGAUUGGAGGGGAUUCAAGUCUUUUAGCUAAUAAUUUAGUUGGAAGGGUUUUGGAUGAUUUAGUUAUUCCUCUCAGAAAAUUAUGUUUAUCUGAACAAGAAAGGGUUGCUUUGACUGCUUUGAUUUUAUUAGAUGGAGAUAGUCGAAGUUCUUUAGGAGAUCCAGAAAGUGGAGAACAUUGUGGUUUAUAUCAAAUAAAAGAUAAAUUACAAAAUGCAUUAUUUCAACACGUCAGAGAACGUUGUGAUCAAUCAAUUAACAGAGCCAGUUCUCGUUUUGCAAAUAUUUUAUUAUUAUUACCUGCUGUAGCUAAAGUUUCAUCACUUUAUUUGGAAAAUGUUCAAUUAGCUAGAAUGUUUGGAAAACAAUCAUUAAAUCCUUUAUUGUCUGAAAUUUUUGAUAAUAAUGGAGGAGGAAAUAAUAAUAAUAAUUAUUUAUUAGAGCAGCAACAACAAUUAAAUAAUGAAGAUUUUUUAAUUAAUUCCCCUCCAUUAUGUCAACCAAUUUCUUCUGGAAGUUGUAAAAGUAAUACAAGCAGUAGUAGUAGUAGCAGCACUAGUAGUAGUAGUGGAUGUAGUAGUAGUAAUAGUUGUGUUAAUAGAUCAACAACAACAACAACAAAUAAUAAUAAUUUUGGGUUUUCUAAUGCAUUUAAUACUACUUCUCAACAAAUUGAAUUACUCGAUCAUCAACAACAUAUCCACCACUCUUCUUCUUCAAUUAAUUCCUCCUCCUCUUCUACUGCCAACAAUGUUUAUACUAAUAAUGGACAGCAAUUACUUUGUGGAAUGGAACAAUUAUUAUUAGCUCCAGUAUAUCAACCAGAAACACAAAUUAGUGAAUUAUCUUCCCCUGAAGCUAAUAAUCAACAAAAUAAUUCAUUUGUUUCUUUAACAUCUAAUAUGGAAACUGGAGGGGAAAUUAAUGGAAAGAAUAAUGAAACAAAUAUUAUAAAUUCUGAUUAUUUUGGUGAAUUGUUUUCUGAUAUUGGAAAUAAUAUAAUAACAGACAAUGAAUGUAUUAGUACAACAAAUACAGAAAUUAGAGGAGGAGAAAAGCAAAAAGAAGAAGCAAUUAAUAUUGGAGGAGGAGGGGGAGUAAUUGAUAGAGCUAAUAAUUGGCGACAACAAAAGCAAUAUCGUUCUCUUCAAGUUGAAAGUGAUUGUGUUGGAAAUAUUAGUAGACAUGGUCCUCGACAUAUGUCUGCAUGUUCACCUCCAUUAAGUACUCAAUCUUGUAGUAUUGGAGGGGCUUUUUAUCAAGUUCAACAACAUCAACAGCAACAAUAUUUCUUUGUAAACACACCACCACCCCAAAUGAUUAACAAUGGAAAUAAUAAUACUCAACAACAACAACAAACACCUUGUUCUGCUGGACCUUAUUUAUCGGCAUUUAAAUAUUAA